AUGGAUUCAAUAAAUGAGAGGUGCACUAAUUCAAUCAAAAGUAACGAAGAAAUUGAAAAACUGUGCACUCCUGAAUACAACAAUUUUAUCGACAAGGCGAUCUACUUGCUGAAUAAUGGAUAAGCAUUUUAAAAGCUUUUUGUUUGUCAAAAUAUAAAUAAAGCUACUGAGUUCGACUUCUAUGUUCCAGAACUAGUGGCAUUCAUCAUGGUAAUUCUCUGUUCUCAUCAUUCAUAGAAUAAGGUUAAGAGCGAAGAGUCCUAAGUAGUAAAGGAAUUAAUCAAAGCCUUAAGCAACCUCAUUAUCUCACUAAAUGAAAAUGUAUUGAACAAGAUCAAGGAAUAAUAAUUGAAGUAGCUCUAAGAAUUCUGUUCUAUUUAUUUCAAUUCUCCAUUUUGCGAUCAAAUUUGUGAGUUGAUGGCUACUCUCUCAAAAUUUAUGGAAUUCGAUUUCGAACCCUAUCUCCUCAUCUUAAAUGAGGAUAGUGUUAGGUAUGAAGGAUUGAAAAUGAUCGAAAUGCGCUAUUCUUUGAUGAAUAAUAAUCAGUAGGCUUUGUCACUGAAACAUGUAAAAUAAUGCAUUGGUAGAAAAAAUGAACGAAUGUGCAGAAUUAUUGAUCAAGUUAUACUAAAACAUGAUAAACUAUUGAUGAUAUUAAUCAGAGAUCAAGACUGGUUAAAGAGCACUAUUUCAUUGAUCACAGACUUCGAUAAGUAAGUGAGAUUGAAUGGAUGCAAACUAUUUCUCAACUCUUGGUUGAAGAUGGAAGAAUAAGGUUAUGAGACUCAUCUCAAAUUUUAAGACACUCUCCAAGAUAUCAUAUAAUUCAUAGAAGAUGAUCCCAAAAUCAUCGUUUUGAUUGCAUAAUGUCUUGCAACUAUUAAAACAGAGUUUGUUUAGUAGACAUUUAUGGAUUACAUACGACCAUAACCAAUUCAAAUUGAAUUAGUUAAGGAGUACUAUCAAUAUGUGUUUUUAUUCGAUUCAAAGAUUCGAUAACAAUAUGAUGAUUUCCUAGUUAAUCAGGUAUCUAAUUUAAUUGACACAAGUAAAGAGUUUAGUUUUCUUAAACAUUUAUCAGAAUUAUACACUCAAUUAAACGAAUAAACACAUCAACAAUUACUUGGUCUUAUAUUUGGCAAUUUAGAGUUGAAUCAGAUAUUUUUCAUUCCUUAUCUCCUUGAUAUCAUUAACAAAGGCAUCAGAAUCAAAAACAGACAAUUCACAGUCCAGUUGCAAAAGACCUUCGACUUCCUCAAAAAGUCCAUCUUGCAUUAUGAAUAAAAAGGUCUUUGGUUUGAAGUUGAAGAAACCUUAAACAUCUUAGAAUGUCUGGCUAGUCACUUAAACAUUAAGACAGAAUUCAAUUCUCUAUGUUUUUCGUAUCUCUCAAUGGGAUCUUAACAUAUCAGGAAAAAAGUGUCCGUCUAUUUGAUUGAUUCAAUAGCAGAAAACUACGAGAAGGUAAUUCCACAUUAUCUUCCAUACCUCACUCACACUAAUUAUGCAUAUAGAAUAUUAUUGAUCGACUUCUGUAUAUAAAUAUGCAGAAAACGAAGCAGAAACUUUUUCAAACAAUGCAACCUAAUUUAAGUAUUGCAAUUGCAAAACGAUCCAGUUUAUAUUGUGAGAAUGAAGUUCGUAUAAUUGAUUUACGAGAUGAGAUUACUAUUCUGGAAUGAAGAAAAGGAAUUAGUCAUUAAAUUACAGUAGAUAUUCCAACCAUUUCUAUCUGACAAAAAGGCCAUUGUUCAAUAAACAGCCAAAGAGAUUAAUCAAAAACUCUUAUAGAUCCAUUUCCAUCAUCCAGAAACCAUAAUCAAAUAGGAACAUGCCAACAAUUUAAAAGAAAGUAUGGAAACCUUCCACCCCAAACAUCAGAUAAGACUGAAGACUCCCACUAAAAACAACACAACUGCUAGAUUGUAAACUCCAACAAGUAAGGUGUCCUCUUAAACUCCAACAUUAAAAAAAUAAUAAAUAUUGUUUCCUAAGCCUUAAACAAAAAGCACUUGUGUUCAACUUCCCAAGGUUCCUCCCAAAUCCAGUAUCUCUAAGAAUUAGUAAUUUUAAAAACAUUCUAAGGAUUAUUGA